AUGACUGAAACGAAAAAGUCUUUUGUUCCUACAAGGAAAACAAUUGAAUUAUAUAGUCCUCAAUACUUUUUGACUUGUACUCUUGGUGGUAUUCUUGCUUGUGGGCCUACUCAUGCUGGUGUGACUCCUUUGGACUUGGUCAAGUGUCGUUCACAGGUUAAACCUGACUUGUAUAGAGGGAUACUUGACGGAUGGCGUACGAUUCUGAAAACUGAAGGAUUUGGUGGGAUUUGGGUUGGACUUGGACCUACAUUUGUUGGUUAUUCUAUGCAAGGUGCUGGAAAAUACGGAUUAUAUGAAUUCUUCAAGUAUUAUUAUGGUAAUCUUGUUGGUGAAAACAAUGCUUAUAAACAUCGUACCGUUUUGGCCUUGGCUGCUUCUGGAACUGCUGAAUUCGUUGCUGAUGUCCUUUUAUGUCCUAUGGAAUCUAUCAAAGUACGGAUGCAAACAUCUUAUCCUCCUUAUGCAAAAAGUUUUGGUGAAGGUUUCAAUAAAUUGAAAACAAAUGAAGGUCUUCGUGGUUUUUACAAGGGUUUAGUACCUCUUUGGAGUCGACAAAUUCCUUAUACUUGUAUGAAGUUUGCUACUUUUGAAAAAACAGUGGAAUUGAUCUAUUCUACUUUCUUAUCAAAACCAAAAUCUGAAUAUAAUAAAUUCCAACAGUUACUUGUAUCCUUCACAGCUGGUUAUACAAGUGGUAUUUUAGUUGCACUUGUCAGUCAUCCUGCAGAUGUGAUUGUAAGUCGGAUGAAUGCUGUAUCCGAUAUUCCUGGUCAAAAGAAGAUGACAAUGGUCGAUAUCGCAAAGGAUUUAGGUCUCAAAGGAGUAUGGCGUGGUUUAGGUACUCGUGUACUAAUGAUUGGCACUCUGACUAGUUUCCAAUGGUUAAUUUAUGAUACUUUCAAGGUUUAUAUGGGUUUACCUACAACUGGUGGUGCUGCCAAACAAAUAAAAUAG